UCAGUUACCUACUUGUGCUCUGUUACAAUAAGGUGUUACUUCACGCUCUGCAAACUUGCUGGAAAGAUGUCACGGGUGAGAAUUCCAGAGAUGGAUGAGGCAAUGCGCUCCUUCGCAGAGAAGGUCUUUGCCUCUGAGGUGAAGGAUGAGGAGAUCAGGCAAGAGAUAUCUCCUUUUGAUGUGGAAGACAUCUGCCCCAUCUCACUCCAGGAAAUGAGAGAGCACAUGAUACUUCAGGAGAGCUCUGCCACAGCAGAAAAGCGGAAGAAGCGCCUGUUCCGCAUGAAGACAAUUGCCUUGGCAGUCCCUGUGGCUCAGAGGUCUAUAACCAGACUGUCCACUAUUGAUGAGGUCAUCUCUACCUCCCCGCUGUACCAGACUGUGCCUGACUUUCAGCGGGUACAGAUCACAGGGGACUAUGCCUCUGGGGUGACAGUGGAAGAUUUUGAAGUUGUCUGCAAAGGUCUGUACCGUGCCCUGUGCAUCCGGGAGAAACACAUGCAGCAAUCUGUGCAGAGGUUCCCCAGGACCCCAUCUCAGUACCUGCGUGCUAUUGAAGGCGAGGUCUGGAGGGCAAGUGACACUGGCCCAGUGUUCACCCCUCCAGUGAAGGAUGGACAGGAUCCCUUUGAAACCGGGAGUCUCGGUGAGGACCUGGGAUACCACGUCCAGAUGAAGGAUGGGGUAGUUUACGUCUAUGGAGACAAAGCAGCAGUUGAAAGAAAUGAGCCAAAGGACCUGCCCUACCCCAGCCUUGAGCACUUCGUUGAUGACAUGAACUUCCUCUUGGCCCUGAUCGCACAGGGGCCCGUUAAGACGUACGCUCAUCGGCGCCUGAAGUUCCUCUCAUCCAAGUUCCAAGUGCAUGAAAUGCUAAAUGAGAUGGAAGAGAUGAAAGAGCUGAAGAACAACCCCCACCGGGACUUCUACAACUGCCGAAAGGUGGACACACACAUUCAUGCUGCAGCCUGCAUGAACCAGAAGCAUCUUCUGCGGUUCAUCAAGAAAUCAUACUGUGUGGAUGCUGACCGUGUAGUUUAUGAUGCCAAGGGCAAACAGUUGACCCUGAAACAGCUUUUCCAGCAGCUCAAUCUGCACCCCUAUGACCUGACAGUGGAUUCCCUGGACGUCCAUGCUGGGCGGCAGACAUUUCAGCGCUUUGACAAGUUCAAUGACAAGUACAACCCUGUGGGUGCAAGUGAGCUGCGUGACCUCUAUCUGAAGACAGAGAACGCUAUCAAUGGCGAGUACUUUGCUACCAUCAUUAAGGAGGUUGGCUCUGAUCUGGAGGAUGCCAAGUACCAGCACGCGGAGCCUCGGCUCUCAAUCUAUGGGCGAUCAGCUGAGGAGUGGCCCAAGCUGGCCAACUGGUUCAACAAACAUCGGGUCUAUUCCCCCAACAUGAAGUGGAUGAUCCAAGUACCCAGGAUUUAUGAUGUGUUCAGGUCUAAGAAUUUCCUCCCACACUUUGAGAAGAUGCUGGAAAAUAUCUUUAUUCCUGUGUUUGAGGCAACUGUCAAUCCUCAAGCCCACAAAGAGCUGAGUGUCUUUCUACGUCAUAUCACUGGCUUCGACAGCGUGGAUGAUGAAUCCAAGCAUAGUGGACACAUGUUCUGCACAAAAAGCCCAAAGCCAAUGCAGUGGACUUCUGAGAAGAAUCCAUCCUACACCUACUAUCUAUACUAUAUGUAUGCCAACAUCCUGGUGCUUAACAACCUACGCAGGCAGCGUGGUAUGAACACGUUCCUCUUCCGUCCACACUGUGGGGAAGCCGGUGCCCUCACACAUCUGCUUACAGCCUUCAUGACAGCAGAUAAUAUCUCCCAUGGUCUCAACCUCAAGAAGAGCCCGGUGUUGCAGUAUCUGUACUUCCUUGCCCAAAUCCCCAUUGCUAUGUCCCCACUCAGCAACAACAGCCUCUUCCUGGAGUACGCGAAGAAUCCAUUGCUAGACUUCCACCAGAAGGGCCUCAUGGUGUCCCUUUCUACAGAUGACCCCAUGCAGUUUCAUUACACCAAGAGUUACGGAAGAGAGGAGUGGGUGCGUGGUGACCUUGCUGUGUGGGACAGAGAGUGGAGCAGAGGAAGGCAAAGCUGCUGCAGAAGCGGCGUGCUGUCCUUCGCGGGCUCUGGCAGCCGGAGGGGAGGUGCAGGAGUGUGGUCCAGGCGGCCACGCAGUCGCAGGCGGGCGAGUGAGGGAAAGGCUGAAGCAGGGUAUUUGCUAGAGCAAUGGAUGUGUCUUGACCGGGGCCAGGACCCCGGUGGCUCCCCAGGGGUGUGA